GUUCAGUAAGCAAGAAGGAACAUUGAUGUGCUUUCAAUGCAAGGAUGUACGGUUAUCUACAGGACAAUCGAAGGACUUCCUGCAAAUCGCUGAUGCUGUCCGUACCAUUUCGGAGGAGCUUAUCGUCUAUCAGGAUCAACUGGAGGCAACCCUGAAAGAACUUCAGUCUUUGAAUAACAUGCAGAAGGAUGCUAUUGCUGAUUCCAAGGACAUCAAAAGUCUUUUAGAUAGCUUGGAGCAAGGAAUGAUGGCACUGGCACCCAGGCAGCUUGUCUCAAGAAGGCUGAACCCAGGCCAGUUCAAAGGUCCCAUUCAGUACAUGACAUGGAGGGAAAUGCAGUCCACUCUCUCUCCAGGUCUCUCUUCACUAACUCUGGACCCUAAAACAGCUCACCCAAAUCUGGUGCUCUCCAAAAACUACACCAGUGUGUGGCACGGUGACAUUAAGCAGACAAUGGCUGAUGAUCCCCAGAGGUUUGACUCCAGUGUGGCUGUGCUGGGUUCCCAAGGCUUCACCUCUGGACAGUGGUACUGGGAAGUAGAAGUAGCAAAGAAGACCAAGUGGACAGUAGGCGUUGCCAGAGAAUCCAUCGUCCGGAAGGGCAGCUGUCCUCUAACUCCAGAGCAAGGAUUCUGGCUCUUGAGAUUAAGGAACCACACGGAUCUAAAGGCACUGGAUUUCCCUGCUUGCGCUCUGAAGCUCACUAACAAGCUCAACAAGGUGGGCAUCUAUCUGAAUUAUGAGGAAGGGCUGGUGUCCUUCUAUAAUGCUAAGACUAUGGCACACAUUUAUACCUUCAGUAGCAUUUUCAUGGAGAAACUGUAUCCUUACUUCUGCCCCUGCCUUAAUGAUGGUGGAGAGAAUAAAGAACCAUUGCAUAUUGUACAGCCACAGUAAUUAGUCAUACUGUAUAAAUUCAGAGGCUAUUAAAUAAGUAUUGAACUAUCUGCCAGUCUCUCACUGAAUUCUAUUCCCAAUUUUUGGGGAACUCUGAAAUGGUGAAAUGAACAUCACAAACUUAAGCAAACUUAAGCAGGAGG